CAUAGGUGGGAGAACUAUACAUGUACACAAUGCAUAACCGCAGAGCUUCACAGUUUAGUAGCCUAUAGGAAACAGUCCUCCUCACAUGAUUCAACAUUAGGGUGAUAUGCUAGAGCAGGUCAUGUGGAUCAAUACAUAAGUAAAACCAUGAAGACCAGCUGGUAUUUGAUUUGGAUAUUCAUUCUCACACUGAUGAUCAGCACUGCCCGUCAGGAGGUGAUGUACAUAAAGGGCUCAGAGGGGCAGUCAGUGGAUCUCUCCUGUACACCUGAGCAGACAGGUGGAGCCCCUGUCAGUCUCUACUUGACCCACAGGUGUGUCCGGCCUGAGAGGGAGGUGCUGUUCAUGGCCAAGGACCGGAGUCCCGGGACGGUGAGGGUUAACCGGCUGUACAAAGAUCGUCUGAAGGUCACAGGCGGAUUGAACUCUGACCUGCUCAACGUGACCAUAGCCCAUCUUCAGCGCACAGACACAGGCCUGUACAUCUGUGAGUUUGUCUACACAGCUGACCCCUCUGACCGAACAGUCUCUGGCAGUCUGGAAUUCUUCCUGUUUGUUGACGGGACAGAGAGUGUGUGUCAGUGCUCCAGCUACCCCCCACUGAUCUACACCAUCUCUGCAGCAGCUGGCCUGCUUCUCCUCGUCCUCAUCUGCCUGUGUGCAGUAGAGUGUGCUAAGCUGAGAAAAUGUCAUAAAACACAAGCCCCCAUCCCCAUCUAUGAGGAAAUGAACAGUGGGUGUCGAGGAGCUGGAAGUGCCCAAAAUAACCAUCCUGUGCCUACACACCUGGAGGAAACAGAGUCCCCUGUGUACGCCAACCCCCAGGCCAGACAAGCACAGGAGAACCACUACGCCAGCCCCCGGCAUAUCACUCUGAAGCCCUGAGCGAACCCCUAAUGUUUUUUAAAGGGGGAGUGGAUGGCAGAAAUAACAGUACCAGAGUUUCAGAUACAUGUUCUAACCCACUGUGACAGGUGGUGGGAAAGAGUUGGACUGUCAUCAUUGCUUUUUCAAGUGUGUGCAAGAUCGUAAACUAUUGGUCCCACCUCACCUCUCUUUUCUACAGUGUCAAGGAGUCACCCAACUAUGGUUGCCCAACAAACCCACCUACAGGAUGAGAAUGGAAAAGACUGAGAGCUAGUACAUAGGUCACUGUGCCUGUAUAGGUGUACUAGUGGUGCUACCCUCAGAACAGGAUCUAAUAGGGAAAACUCCAAUCUGCAAACUAAUUGACAAACACCAACAUCAAGAACUGACCACAACACUCUUUAACAGACCAGAAAAAAACUGCAAUUUUAUUAAUAGAUGAAAGAAGCUCCAUAGUUCAUGAAAACAUUGUUUUCGGUGCAUGUCAUUAAACAAUCACAUUCUAUGAGGAGAAAGAGAUACAUUGAGAAAAUAAAUCAUUACAAGCCACUGACUCUUCUUUAAAUCUCAGUACAGACAUUUUUCCUUAAUAUUUCAAAACCAAAAAAGGCAAAAAGCAGCCCUAACCCCAAAUCCCCGUCCCACCCAUCAUCCCAACAAAAACAAAAUAACUGAAUGAAACGACAGAACAUACAGAUGGGGUGACGGGCACAGUGCUAAAGAGUAAGACGCUCAUUGGUUUAGGAAUACACAGUAUAGUAAUGUAGCGCAAGGUCAAUCUGAAUACACAGCAUAGCCAUGUAGCGUGAUGUCAAUCUGAAUACACAGCAUAGCCAUGUAGCGUGAUGUCAAUCUGAAUACACAGCAUAGCCAUGUAGCGCGAUGUCAAUCUGAAUACACAGCAUAGCCAUGUAGCGCGAGGUCAAUCUGAAUACACAGCAUAGCCAUGUAGCGCGAUGUCAAUCUGAAUACACAGUAUAGCCAUGUAGCGCGAUGUCAAUCUGAAUACACAGCAUAGCCAUGUAGCGCAAUGUCAAUCUGAAUAAACAGCAUAGCCAUGUAGCGCGAUGUCAAUCUGAAUACACAGCAUAGCCAUGUAGCGCGAUGUCAAUCUGAAUACACAGCAUAGCCAUGUAGCGCGAUGUCAAUCUGAAUAAACAGCAUAGCCAUGUAGCGCGAUGUCAAUCUGAAUACACAGUAUAGCCAUGUAGCGCAAUGUCAAUCUGAAUAAACAGCAUAGCCAUGUAGCGCGAUGUCAAUCUGAAUACACAGCAUAGCCAUGUAGCGCGAUGUCAAUCUGAAUACACAGCAUAGCCAUGUAGCGCGAGGUCAAUCUGAAUACACAGUAUAGCCAUGUAGCGCGAUGUCAAUCUGAAUACACAGCAUAGCCAUGUAGCGCGAUGUCAAUCUGAAUACACAGCAUAGCCAUGUAGCGCGAGGUCAAUCUGAAUACACAGUAUAGCCAUGUAGCGCGAUGUCAAUCUGAAUACACAGCAUAGCCAUGUAGCGCGAUGUCAAUCUGAAUACACAGUAUAGCCAUGUAGCGCGAUGUCAAUCUGAAUACACAGCAUAGCCAUGUAGCGCAAUGUCAAUCUGAAUACACAGCAUAGCCAUGUAGCGCGAUGUCAAUCUGAAUACACAGCAUAGCCAUGUAGCGCGAUGUCAAUCUGAAUACACAGCAUAGCCAUGUAGCGCGAUGUCAAUCUGAAUACACAGCAUAGCCAUGUAGCGCGAUGACAAUCUGAAUACACAGCAUAGCCAUGUAGCGCGAUGUCAAUCUGAAUACACAGCAUAGCCAUGUAGCGCGAUGUCAAUCUGAAUACACAGCAUAGCCAUGUAGCGCGAUGUCAAUCUGAAUACACAGUAUAGCCAUGUAGCGCGAUGUCAAUCUGAAUACACAGUAUAGCCAUGUAGCGCGAUGUCAAUCUGAAUACACAGUAUAGCCAUGUAGCGCGAUGUCAAUCUGAAUUAAAGAAGCCGGAUGUUGGGGUCUUGGGGUGGGGGGGUAGGCCUACCAACCAAAUAAAAACAGUGGAUCCCAAAACCCCUGCAUAAAAUGUGCCUUGUACCCAUCAAAGCCCCCCGCCCCAAACUUGUGCAUAGAUCAUGAUCCUUUACAACCAGCUAGUUUUAAAAACAUCCUCCAAAUAAAUCGACUCCAAAUAAAUCGCCGUCAGUUCUUUUCCCUGUUCUUUAAUAUCCGACAUAAGAGAGAAUGACAGAGGAAAGAGAGUAAUGCACAAUGGUCCUUAUUCAGUCAGGACAGGACUUCUAAGAAAAUACAAUAAAGUUUCAAAACAUACAGAAUUUGCAUGUUCUUUCACGGUCAUUUUUUUAUAACAAUCAAAAUCAAAUGAUAAUUUUGUUUUUAAAUGUAAAGCAAUUUUAAUAAAAAUGUAUAUAAAGCACUCCAUUUUUUGUAAGUUCAUUUAAAGCCCAUUAUUUGGUUAAUAUGUACAGUGCCUUCAUAAAGUAUUCACAGCCUUCACUUUUUCCACAUUUUAUUGUUACUUAGUGGGAUUUUUUGGGCAAUGAUAUACACAAUUCUCUCAUUUCAAAGUGUAAGAAAAAAAUCUAAUAUUUGUGCAAAAUUCAUGAAAAAUAAAACACAAAUAUUUCUUGAUUAGAUAAGUAUUCAACCCCCUGAGUCAAUACAUGCUAGAAUCACAUUUCAGUCUGAGUAAGUCUCUUUCCACACCUGGAUUGUGCAACAUUUGUCCAUUAUUCUUUUUAGAAUCCUUCAAGCUCUGUCAAAUUGUUUGUUGAUCAAUGUUAGACAACCAUUUGUAGGUCUUGCCAUUCAAGCAGAUUUAAGUCAAAACUAACUCGGCCACUCUGGAACAUUCACGGUAUGCAACUCCAGCGUAGAUUUGGCCUCGUGUUUUAGGUUAUUGUCCUGCUGAAAGGUGAAUUCCUCUCCCAGUGUCUAGUCUAGUGGAAAGCAGACUGAACAAGGUUUUCCUAUAGGAUUUUAACAAUUACAAGCAUACCCAUAACAAGAUGCAGUGAUUGAAAAUAUGGAGGGACAAAAAGUUUAUUGCUUUGCCACAUUUUUUGAAGUAUUACUUUAGUGCCUUGUGGCGAACAGGAUACACGUUUCAGAAUAUUUUUUAUUCUAUACAGGCUUCCUUCUUUUCACCCUGUCAAUGAGGUUAGUAUUGUGAAGUAACUACAAUGUUAGUGAUCCAUCCUCAGUUUUCUCCUGGCAUAGCCAUUAUACGCUGUAAUUGUUUUAAUGUCUCCAUUGUCCUCAUGGUGAAAUCCCUGAGCAGUUUCCUUCCUCUCCGGCAACGCAGUUAGGAAGGACGCCUGUAUCUCUGUAGUGACUGGGUGCAUUGAGACACCAUCCAAAGUGUAAUUAAUAACCACCAUGCUCAAAGGGAUGUUCAAUGCCUGUUUUUUGUGUGUUUUUUUUACCAAUAGGUGGCCUUCUUUGCGAGGAAUUGGAAAACCUCCCUGGUCUUUAUGGUUGAAUCUGUUUGAAAUUCACUGCUGACUAAAGAUAAUUGUAUGUAUGGGGUACAAAGAUGAGGUCAUCAUUCAAAAAUCAUGUUAAACACUAUUACUGCACACAGAGUCCAUGCAACUUGUGUGACUUAAGCACAUUUUUACUCCUGAAUGUAUUUUGGCUUUCCAUAACAAAGGGGUUGAAUACUCAUUGAAUUUAGAAAUGUAGAAAAUCAUAAUUCCACUUUGACGUUAUGGGGUAUUGUGUGUAGGCCAGUGACCAAAAAAAUCUACAUUUAAUACAUUUUAAAUUCAGGCUAUAACAACAAAAUUUGGUAAAAGUCAAGGGGUGUGAAUACUUUCUGAAGGCACUGUAAACUGCUACGGAUUUAAAAACAAAGGAUCUUUUCUCUCUUUCUGAAAUUCAUAAGAUUUUCAGUGCUUCAUUUUUUUGAAUCUUUUUUUUUUCUUCGUACAUUAAAAUGGAGUGGAGUUGGAACUCUGGAACCCUGGCCUUCCUGAGACAAGAUCCACUUUAUGUGUGCAAGAUAGUGAGCAAUUAUGUUUUUUUUUUUACAAAGGAAAAAUGUAAUAAAAAUGCACAGGCUUUAGAUAGUCCAUGAAAUCAACAUAGAACAAAGAUGUCAAAGAUCAAAUAUAACAUGACAACACUGUUGGAUCCCAGAGUUCUGAAAGUAGCACAAUAUUAAAAUCUUCAUUCUGUAAAGUGUUUUUGUUAUUAUUUUUAAAAAUGGAAGUAUUUGUCCUUUUCUUUAGUUUUUCCAACAUUUUCAUACAGUUAAUUAAUUUUCCUAGAACUUCAGACAAACAACAAUGGUUGUAAACCGUCAGUGGCCUUGCAGAAAACAAGCAGACAUAACGCACGAGAUUUUAACAAAAAUGAAACUGAACAAAAGCUAACAAACCAAAAAGGUAGGCACCUCUGAAGUGAGCCUUGUAAUCAACCCUCCUUCUGAUGUCUUGUCCUUCGGUUUCUCCCUGAAUAGACAGGGAGAGCUACAAGUCUCUCUACCCAAACUCUAUGGCCACAGGUCUUCAAAAAUACUUUUUUUGUAACUUUUUUCAAUAUUAGUUUUUUUUUGUUGCUUUUGUAUACUUUUUAAGUUUAUAAUCUGAAAAAAAUGGUGCAAUACUUAUACUUAAUAAUCCAUAUUUUUUCUUGGAUUAUUCCACAAUGAAAGCCACUACAAGGUAUAUAAACAUAUUACAGAUUAAAAACACUUAUUUUCUUAAGUCCUUGAGUAAACAUUUACACGUGAAGUCGCCGUCUGCCCCCAGUAUUUUAUCUGGCGUUGUUCGAUUAGCUUGAGGGGAGGGCUGACACUCAGUGCAACGCUAGAGUCUAAUAACAAUAAACAUCACAAUAUACUUUGAUAAGCCAAAAAUAAAACAUAAAA